CUAAAAUUGAUUUUAAUGAGUCAGGUUUUGUGAUUCUUUAUUUACUUUCGUAUAAAUAUCACAUUACCAAGCAGCAGCCAUAAGACAUUUAUACUUGCUAUUGUUCUUUGAGUAAGAUUAUUUCUGUCAAAUAAGUGUAUAGUCCAUCAAAAAGAAAACUUCUGAAUCUAAAUCUCAUAUUUCGAAUGAAACAAACAUCACAAUAAGUCACAAAAGUGUCUUUUGUUUUAAGUCUUUCUCUUCCAAAUCUUCUCUCAAUCGUCACAACGAAACUCAAAGUGAAGAGAACAUAUUCGCAUGUGAUAUAUGUAAAAAAUGUUUUGCAAGUAAAUUUCAGAUGAGAUGUCAUCGUAGAAUUCAUACAGCAGAAGAACUUUACCAGUGCAUUGUAUGUGAUAAACGUUUUUCUCGAAAAUCUGCUUUGUCUACACAUCUCAGAAUGCACACAGGAGAGAAGCCAUUUGAAUGUGAUAUAUGUAAAAAAUGUUUUGCAAGGAAAUUUUCGAUGACAUGUCAUCGUAGAAUUCAUACAGGAGAAAAACCUUACCAGUGCAUUCUAUGUGAUAAACGUUUUGCUAAAAAAUCUGAUUUGUCUACACAUCAUAGAAAGCACACUGGAGAGAAGCCAUUCAAAUGUAAUGUAUGUGAUAAGAGUUUUUCAAUAAAUAGCAAUCUUUCUGUUCAUCUCAGAACUCACACAGGAGAGAAGCCAUUCGAAUGUGAUAUAUGUAAAAAAUGUUUUGUAACAAAAAUGGUAAUGACCCAUCAUCGUAGAUCUCACACAGGAGAGAAACCUUAUCAGUGCAAUAUAUGUGAUAAAUUUUUGUCACGUAAAAGUUUUUUGUCUGUUCAUCGCAGAAAGCAUACAGAAGAAAGGCGUUAUAACUGUGACAUAUGUCACCGAACAUUUAAAUAUUACUCAGGUUGUCAUAAACACAAAAAAUUACAUACCGUAUUAGAGAAAUUUUCGUGUUGUUUAUGCGGCACGUUUUUUGCUCAGGAAGACAAAAUGGUUAAUCAUGUUCGGAUGCAUAUUAAUUCAGGUUGUCCAAAGUGCAAUUGCCAGUUCUCAUGUGAACGAAACUUUUUAGCUCACGUUCUUCAACAUUCGAAAGAAACACUGCGACUGUGCGAAACUUGUCUUCACCCUUUUGCUCGGAUUUCUGCGUUUAAGUUGUAUAACACUAUUCUAUUUUUUCCGGAAAAUGUAUCUUACUGCACGGAUUGUGGAUCAAAAAAAUAAAUUGUAUAAUAUGUAGAAAGUUUAUUUUGCGUGUUGUUCCAUUUAGUCGUAUUUGCAUAAAUUUUCUCUGUCAACACGAACGACAGAUUUUCAGUUCGACAAAUUUUAACUUUUAUCUUUCAGCAGAAAGCUAAGAUUUUAUUGUAACGUUCUUUGUCUUUUUGUAAUAUCAUGCAUUAUAGUUGAACAUUGUAUUUGAACCAGAACUGUUAUGUAAAAUAUUACAUAUAA